AUGCUGAUCGAAAGCUCCCGGGACCUCAAUGCGAUGAAGGAGGUCGGUUGGAUCGAUUCCCAGACGGAGCACAUCGCCGUGAGCACGGUGAUCUACACGGAGGACCUUGAAAUGUUCACCUCCCUGACCGUGUCCUUCGACUUCGACUAUGCGGGGAACGUGGAGGGAUCAGUGAGCAUGGUCACCUACAAGGACGUGAUCUUGACUUCAGCCCAGAACUUCGUGGCAUGCCUGCUCACAACCU